GUAAGGAGAGGCGAGAACCCGGGACGAGCGGAUCCUAUUGAAGUCUUAUAGAAAAAGAAGACGCGGUAUACCUAAGAGAGAAGGAGAGUGAUAGAACGAGAGUUUUUUGACGGUCGGUGAUAGAAAGGGGGGAGAACAUACACAGAUUCAACAGAAAGAGAGAGAAAGAGAAGCGUUCCCUAGUUGUAUGUAUGUGCUGCAGGUAGAUACCUGUAACCACAUACAGCUCGUACCGAUGCAGUGACCGCCACAAAGAUUAGUCAUCAAGGUCUUUGUGCGCGGGUUGACUACGCACGGCGGCAAUACCGGUUUUUGCGCGCGUGAAGGUGGCCGAGUAUGUGUCGUUUUCUAUAGUAUACGUGAACGUGUUCACAUAUUAUAUUGUUUUCGGGCAUUAUUAUACACCUGCAGCUGGUGCCGAGACCCAAAGAUGCGUGCCAGGUAGUAGUCGGUCGCCUGUUCUCUCCCCAUUACCGCGUAGUCCGCUGCGGCGUGUUGUUACACGCGAAUCGUUGCAAGACGCAAGACCACUGCCAGAAGACCGUCGCGCCGUUUUCUAUAAAUGUUCGGUUUCGCAAGUGUUUCGUUCUUAACGUCCGUCUAUAAGCGUUUCGUUUUUCCAAUCUAAACUCGUGCCUAAGAAGUGCCCCGUGUACGGUAUUACUGUGCGACGAUGAUGGACACGGUGCGGGCUGGAAGCGCCCCGAAUCUAACCGCCUACAUUGAAAUGGAUCGUAUAGCCGCCGGGAUAUCGAAAACGGACGAGAAACUCACUCAAAGGUAAGAAUGUCGUCGUUGGGCUUUCGAUUUUUGCUUAUGAUCAAGGCGGACUCGGAAUUGUGCUUACCCGCCAUUUUCCCUCUUCCCUCUCAACCCCCCCCCUCCGAAUAAAACGAAUGGAUAAAUACGCCACUGAACUAUUAUAUUAUACAUGACUAUUGGCUAUGAUGACGGGGGUGCGCAAUUAUAUCAUAUAGUUGCCUAUGUAUUUUGUUCCAGGGAAAAAGGGCUUAAGUCUCAAGUUAAUUUUGUUUAAAAUAGUUUUCGAUACGAGCGAAUUAAAUGUCGAGAGUUGCUAAACGACUAAAUUGCUAUAUGAUAAAUAUGACGUACGGAUGCCUUUUACGACCAACUAAAUGCGCAUCAUAGUGACUUCAGAUAUUUUAAAUUUCAGCACACUAUGUGAUACCUACUCAUUUAGACCAACAAAUAAUAUAAGACGAAAUUAUAAAAGAAAUAAUUCCAACUAUUUACCUAAUUCCUUCUUCCCUGGGACCAAAUAGAUAUAUGCAUCUGGAUCCGAGAUACCGAUAAUAGUAUUUUAACCAUAUAAGGUACCUUGGUAUAAAAUAAAUGAUUGUAUUUGAUCGUGAAAUUGCUCACGUAUUUCGUUUGUAUAAUAUUGUGUAGGUAAUGGAAAAUAUUUUCUAUUACGUAUAUUGUAUAAUACGUAGAUAGGUACUCACAACAAUUUUUAAGGGGUUCCGAUUUCGCAUAAUACAUAAUACGAGUAUAUUAUAAUACACACUAUACAAAUUUAUUCGUGUUCUUCAGUUCUUCUGACCCAAACAGGGAUUUCGCCGAAUUAACUACCUACAUAGGUAGGUAUACUAUAUAACCACGGACCACGAUACCUAUAGAUACCUAUAUGUAUAGUAUAUAAUAUAUGUAAGUAUUAGAUUUCAAAUCAUAAAAUAGAAGUGUUUGAUUGUAUACCUACCAUGCACCUAAAUUUUCCUAAAAUAAUAUAAACGUAAUAUUUAUGUAUUUAUACGCACAUUCAGCGUAAAUUAUUAGAUAUUUCACAUAAUUACAUCUUUAUUAAAUUAUAAUAUUAUAUAAUUAUACUAUGUUUGUAUAAAUACCAAGUUCUAAGUUCAAACAAACAAGAUUUUUUAAAAAAAAAAGAAUUAAGUACAAUCAAAUAAUAUGCACUUACACAUCAAUUUAAACUAUACAUUUAAAACUAGAAUUCAUAUCAAAUAUCCAGAUGAGAUUCGAUUCGUUACGUCAGCGCAUAUUUAUCGUAAUUUCAUCAUACCGAUUUAAUUUUUAUUGAACAUACACGGAGUAAUAGAAUAAAAUAUCAAAUAAAAUUAAUUUGUUCCUACCAUAUAAAUAUAGAGAAAAAAAAAAUUAAUUUAAUUAGCGUAGUGCCCGAUUUAUAGCAAUAGGGUACUAUAUAUUAAUACUAUAACAACCUAGACCAGUAGGUAGGUACUGUUUAUGCAUCACAGGGUUAGGUUAGGUUAGUGUAACAUGCUGGUUGUGAGCCGUAUACACGUUUCAUCAUAAUAUAUUAUCUACGUUGAAAAUACGUGCAACUUUCAAGUUAUAAACCAAAAGUUUUAUGGAUACUUAUGUUCUUUUCUAAAAACCAUAUCGUAUACCUAACCUAACCUACCAAAGUUACUUUAUGUCGUGUAAAAUUAUGCAUUUGUGCGUCUGUUCAAGAACAUUGUAUACUAAUCUACAAAUUAAUAAAACGUACACAUUUCGAUCUAUUACAUAACAUUGUGGUUAAUCGCAAUCCAUUAUUAUUAGAUUAUUAUUUUUUACUUUUACUCGCUUUUUAUUUACCAAUAUAGCUUUCGCAAAGAUCUUCUUGGCGGUUUCUGACAUACUCGUAUAUAAUAUACUGAUUAAAUAGGUAACGUAAGAAAUUCACUAUCUCAAAAAAGUAUUAAUUUUUUCGGAGUUAAUUUUAUAAAGAAUUAAAGAAACAAGCAGCUCUAAAAAUAUUACACUACUGUUAGUUUUAUCAUCCUUAUUUUCAGGGUUGAAACCACAAUCCGAUUUUGAUUUUUAAGUAAUACAUAUUUUUAAAAUGUCAUAGAUAUAAUUUUUAGUUUAAAUAUAUUUUGAUGUUGACAUUUUUAAAUCCUAUCAACUCAUUGACGAAAUUGUCAAAUUAAUUUUUUUUUUAUGUAGUUUUAUUUGUAAGGGAGUAUAGUGGACAGUGGAUCAUAAUUUGUGUGGGAGCGCGGCGUUUGAAUACUAAACUCACUAUUCCACUACUCACCCUCUAACCACAAAACAUCAAACUAUUUAAACUAAAAUUUCUAUUCAUGGCUGUUUGAAAAUUAAAAGUAGGUAGUGCCACUACUUACUUUUAAGUGAAAUCACAGGUACCGUAGUGGUUUUACUCCCAAAAUAUAAGGGUGAUAAAAAAUAACGAGUUAUUACCACGACAAUAUAACGUUUUAGAUCUGUUUAUUUUAUACGUGUUCUAAUAAAGAAUUCCCAAAAAAAGUUAAUACUUUCAUAGAUAAUGAGUGUCUUACAUAACACAUGCACUAUGUUGAUCUACCUAUAUUUUUACGAUAGAAUAAAGAAAAAAAAAUAACAUCAUACAUCUUAAUGUAUUAUAGUAAUAUUAUACUCGUAUAUAUUAUGUACAAUGAAUGUCAAAAUUAAGUUGUAAUAGUUUUUUUGCGAAUCGAUAUACCUGUAUUUAAUACAGUCUACGGAGUUAUUUUUGGUAGCGGAAGUUUCAAUAAAGGCACUCGCAUUAUUUAUUCCGAGUUUCUAACUGACAGUUGUAAAAUUUGUUUAGAUAUACACAAAAUAAUGGUAGUAUCUCUAUUUGAAUAACGUAUUUUACUAUUUUAAUAAUAACUGUCAUCAAAGUUUUCUGUUACAGCUUAAUAAAUCGAUAAAUAAGUACGAAAGGUAAUAUAGGAAGUUCCAAGAUCGAUGCCUUGGAAAUUAAAAAAGUGAAAAAAAUCUAUAUCCAUGAUUUUAUUUUCCAUUCUCUAGGAUCGUUUUUUCGAAUAUGACAAAUGGUCGUUAUUACUCCUGUAUUCCCGACACCUUCCCGCCUUUCUCGCAAAUGAACUCUUCACAUUUAAAGUUAUAAAAAUUGUAGAAUAAUGGAGACACUGCAACUUAUACACAAAUUGUUUACUUAAAAUAGUGACCUAUUCAAUAUAACAAUAUUAUCAGGCUUGUUUUUAAAAUUAAAAUAACUUAAUAAUGUAUAACUAUAUAUUUUCGAGUAGGUACUGCAUAUAAAAAUGAACAUCCAAAACUAUCUAUUAUUAAAGAAUUAUAUUUAAUUGGUUACUAAUACUAUUACUAUAUAAGAUGUUCCAUCAUAUUUUAAUCGAUGUAAUGAAAUUAAACUGUGAACUAUUAGAUAAAUAGACUAUUAUUUAUAGAUUUUAAAUCGGUUUUAGUUGUAUUAAAUAAUUAUACGUAAUUUGUAUCAAAACUUAUAAAAGUCACAGUUAUAUUAAUUGAUAAUUUAUUUGUAUAGAUUUGAUAAGUAAAGAAAAAAAUCUUAUCUAUAAUGUAGGUAUUAUUUUAGAUUCUGCGCGUGGCGUUAAAUGUAUUGGUUUUACAAUGAUGUUUAUUUUGUUUUCUGUGAACAACUUUUCUACCGGAAAUUUUUUUAAAUUUUCAAGUGUAACACCUUUUCUGAAAAGAAUUUGACUGGGAUGGUACAUAAGAAGGUAAUUUUUUGAUUUUCCUAGAGGUUUUCAUAAUAAAUGAGGAAAAACGGGAAAAUUUACGAAAUGUAUUAUUUCCAGAUCGUAAAUAUUACGGUCUUUCAAACAUGUAUAACUGAACUCCGUUCAAAAUCAUUUUUUUUUUAGAAAAUAAUUAAUCUUUGCGUACAGAUAUACAUACAAUUUCCCCUCUAUCUUCCCAAUGUCUCACCUACAACAGUGGCCCACCCAUCUUGCGAAGUAUGUCCGUUUAUUUUUUUUUUCUUAAUGAUACUAUGGUAUUCCUAAACAGCAUAAUCUUUUAAUUUCAAGAGCAAUUGUCUUUAUAUUUCUUAGAAAUUGAGUCAUAAAUAAGCAAAUUUUAAUUUAUUUACAGACAUUUUUUAAUAUUUUUUAUUCCUUAAUUAGUUUAUAAUUGUAAAAAUUAACAGAAAUUAAGUCAAAUUAAAACACGGAAAUAAUAAUAUUGCAGUAGUCAUUUGGUACACACACACAAAAUCGAUACCGUACGUGGAAUAAUUCGUCCGUUCUGCAGUGUAAAAAAAAGACUGACAUAAUUUGCACGAUGGGUGGUCUGUUGUAGGUGAGGAGUUCAGAAGAUAGGAUAUAUAGAGGAAUUUAAUUUAUAUCUGUACGUAAAUUCUCCCGUUUUUCCUAAUUUUUAUGAAAACCGCUAGGAAAAUCAAAUGAUUAUGUCCUAUGAAAAUGGUAUAAAUAUUAAUUAUGAAGAGUAAAUGUUUUGAGGAUCAACUACGUUAUAUUUAAAAUGUAUUCUUAUAAAAUUUAAAAGUAAGAUCUAGGAAAUCUCGACUCUCUGGUGUUGACAUCUUAAUUAUUAUUUCAAAUUAUUUUAAGAGUUGAUUACAGUUCAAAUAUCUAUUCAAUUCUUUUGUUUAUGUAUAUUAGUUUAUAUUAAUUAUUUUGUAUAAUAGUUUUGAAAAAAAAUUGAGACGACGCUAUAUUAGCAUUUAGUUCUCUUAACUCUUGAGUAUUAUUUACUUGUUUUUCAUUAUACAAAUAUUAUAUAUACUAUACACAUUAUAGGCCUAUAUAGGUAAUUUAUAAGAGAUAACUUUUUAAUUUAAAAUUGUUCAAAUAAAUGUUUUGUGAGUAUAUAAGUGUGGAGUGCAGAAAGAAGGUUUUUUUUUAAAUAAAAAAAAAUGGGUGGGUGUGUAACUUUUGUUAAUUAUAUGUGCUCUCAAAAUACCUUUGUGCGCCACUGCAAAUUAACUUGUUUAACGUAACUUUAAUUUUUGAACUAAUUUACGUCGUGGACGCCAACAAGGAAGAAAGAGAGGAUAACUCCUCCUAGAUUUAAAAGAAUUUGGAAAACGGAGAAAAUUACUAUUUGUGUUUGAAAUGUCAAGUUUAAACUAAUAAUUGUUUAUAUUUUAUUAUAAAUACAGUUUAUAAUUAUUUUUAAUUACAAAAAAUAAAUAGUAGGUAAUGCUUUUGAUUUCUAAUAGAAAUUCUUUCUUCCCUAAAUUUGUGCUUAUGGUUAUCCAUGGUUAAAACUCACCAUUGAUUGAUUUGGUAAAUUGAAAAUACAAUUUAUAGUACAAUAUUAUUUGCAUAUAUGGUAUGCGGAUAUUCAGGUAUUUAAUUAGUUUAAUUUUUUAUUCUAUUUUAUGCUGCUAUAGUCGUCUAUUUGAAUGAAAUUAAUAAGCAAGUAUUAUGAUAUUUGAUAUUAUAUUUUAUUGUUAAAAUAUAUAUUGUCGAAUGAUUAAAUCGUGAAUAUAUUUAUUUAUUUUAAAAAAAUUUUUUAUAAUAUUAAUAAUAAUAAUAUAAUCAUUAUCAGUUUAAGUAUUUUGACAAAACUAUUUAUUAUUAUUUAUUAUUAUUAUUAUAAUUAUACGUCGUGUUGUACAAAAAACGAGGUUAACAUUUUAGGACAAGUAGGUACCUAUUGUAUUAUGAUAUCGAAUGUUUAUGUGCUUAGGUAUAGUUUUUAAGGAAAAAAAAAUCAAAUCAUAAAUCAAACGAUCGACAAUGUUUGUAUCAUACACACACUAUAUGCAUUAAAUACAUAGUGUUGUUAUUAUUUUUCUACCCAUCUGUAAUUAGUUUAUUGUACAUUUAGAAUCCCCCUAUUUUCGUGUUCGUUUAACAUUUAUCUUAUUUAUAAUAAUUCGGGCGCUUCGAACGUUUCGAAUCUAUUUAGGUUAUAUGAUAUACCUAUAUAUUAUUAUUUUAACAUAACACACAUAGGUAUUGUCGAUAGUAUGAAUUUGAAAAAAAAAAUAUAUAAAUGUAUAAAAAAAAAAACCGCUUUAAAAACGGUGCAUUGUUUCAAUCAAUAAUAUUUGUUUAAUUGCCACGUGUCACUACCAUGCGUAGGCGUCCAAUACCCAAACACCGUCGUGGUUCGUUACUUAUUUCUACGCGCGUAAAAGUUAUGCCACAAAGACCCGCGUACACCCUGUAGACUGUGGAUCGGGGUUGGUUUUGACGGCAACCGCGUUGAAACGGCUCCUGAUUUCACAUAUAAACUAUCCCGUCGACCGUUGAAUCGGCUAUACCAAUGAUAUUUUCAACAAGUAGUUCUCGAAAUAUGUAGAAUCUAUAGGUAUCUCAAAUGACAGUGGAAAAAGUGCACGACGGCGACAUAAAUAUUUAAAGGAUAGAUUAGAUUAGUUUUAAAUUUUUUAUUUUUAUCUAGAACCCACACAGCUUUUGAGAAAUAAUAAUAUUUUUAAAUGGUUAUAUAAUAAAUAUUUUUCUGAUGAUAUUGUAUACAUAUUUUAUUCUUGAGAUAACAAAAUAUUCUGUUGUAUGAUUUGUAAAAAUGUUUUCUAAAUAUUUGUAUGUUUCCGAGAAAAUAUAAAAAUUAAACGUUUUAGAAAUAUGAGAUUAAAAUGUUUGCUGAAUUUUUGAUUUAUUUAUAAAUAUUUUCCAAACGUGAACUAUUUGGGCAAAAAAUAUUUCGAUAGCAUUUACACCAUUAUUUAACGAUAAUCGAAAAUAUUUUGUUCAUAUAAUGGAUAUAUUUUUUUGCUUAGAAUAUUAUACUUGAAAUUGUGUGUAUUAUAAGAAAUAAACUAUUAAUUUAUUUUAAAUAUUAUGUUGUUGUUUUUUUUUUUUUUUUUUUGACAAACCAUUUGUCAAUUAUUUAAAAUAUUCUGAUUUUUUAAUGUCAAUUUGCUGAUUUUUCAUUUGAUUGUACAUGAUUUGAGAAAAUUUUGUAGUACUCAAUGAUUUUUCCAAAAAAAAUUUAUUAUUUUCGCUUUUUAGAAAACACUUUUUUGGUGAAUAAACUACUACGAUUUUUCAUGUGGAACCUUAAAAGAAUUCUGACUGAUGGUACUUUACUUAAAAUAUCUAUCGACAUUUUUAAAAGUUUGUAUGCAAAAGUCCUACAUCAAGAAAAAAACACGAAUUAAUAGUUUACUACUCCUAUCAAAAUUUUUUUAGUGGCCUAUUAAUGCAGAUGUGAAAUAUGUCUGGAUUUUUUAAAUUAUAAAACAUUUAAAUUUAGAAUAAGGUAUGACACCGAUAUUCAAAUUUCGAUAUAUAACUCAAAUAUUAACAAUGAUUUUUUUUUUUUUAAUGUUUUAAAUCUUUAAUUAUUGCGUAAAUACAUACGAAUAUUAGUAAACAACUUAUGCAUUGAAUAUUUAGAUUUUCACAUUAUUUUAAUGUACAAUUAAAUGUUUAUUUUGAACAAAUUUGGUAACCGACGUAUUUACGAAAUUUAUGUUGAGGAACCAUCAAUUCAAAAUUCGAAAAUCGUGAAACAAUUCAAUUGGAAAAAAUAUCGAAUACCUACUUAAUGUUUGAGAAUCGAUUCAAUGGCACCGGGUUCUUACACAACACGAUAAAUGUCUCUGUAUAUAUAAUAUUUAAUUGUAAUAUAUGUACUCAAUAUCAUCAAAUAUUAUUAUAAUUAUCUGUAAACGCAUUAUAUGACUUUCGUCAAGUCGACUGCGUGCGCAAAGUUCGUCAAAAGUAAGAACACCCCCACGAGCAAUAGUUCUGUUGCAAUUCAAUAGUUCAAUCGUCACUAUAAAGUCCAAUUUUCCCCCCAACUAUAAUUUUAUAUGACAGAAAUAUUCUUUGCAAAACGAUGAAUAACCAAAUACACCAUUAAUAAUACAAUAAUAUUAUAUUACCACCCACCUCUAAAAAAAUUUUUUAAAAUUUAAUCAUAAAAAUGGUAGAGGUAAUCUGCAGGGGUGUAAAAAGCUCAACAAAUACUUUUCAGUCGCAACAACACUGUGGUUAAGUUCAUAUUUAUAUUGAAAUUCAAUUCAACUUUUAUCACUUCAACCCGCCUACAAAAAAUUCCCGAGUUUAAGCUCAUUUGGUCCAGAGGGAGUCGCUAAAAAUGUUUAAAAGUAACGGGUAUAUUAUGCAAUAGUCUCCAUUUUGGGGAAAAUUCGACAAUAAGAGUAAUACGAGUAUUUAGGUACGACAUCUCAGAGAAACUCAAGGAAAACCGUGUAGUGUAACCGCGGUAAUGGUUCUUAUUAUCUUCGUCAAUCACUGGGACAUUUGCACUAUAGACCAACUUGUAAGUAGGCCCGUAACCUACGACCUCCAAACGAAAAUAUACCGACCGCGCGCUCUCGGUUCGUGUAUACCAUAAUAUUAUAAUAUUAUUACCUGGUUAUAACCAUUAAUUGCAUACACGCGCGGUCUGCUCCGAUCACGUGUGCCAUUGUCGUCAUCUGUUUGCCUUUGAGAAUUCCGUUCCGUAUACAUUUUCGUGUGUAUAUGUACACACAUGCACGUCUAUAUGAUAUUAACACACACACAUAAAUUAUAUAGUGUGUACGGUGUGACGUCGUCGCAACAGUUUUCACGCCCAUAAUUGCCUGCCGUUUUCGCAGUCGCGUACCGUCACUGUCUGUCUGCAUUGCGCUAGGUAUAUAUUGUUACAACAGUUAACGUUGUGGCGUUUGAGCGUUUACUCGGCCGCGGUUCGGCAGAAAUAAAUUCGCGUCUGCGACCACGUCCGCCGCCGACACGCACACAAGCGUAGUGAACAAUAUCGCGCCGACCCAGCGUCCCGUCCGCGCAACAGGAUAAUAAUAUAAUAAACGAUAUUAUUGUUGCCGAGGGUGCCCCGCGUCGACCCGCCCGCCGAAAUGCUCAUCAGGAAACUGUUCCUCCGCAGGCGGACCAAACAGCAACAGCAGCAGCAGCAGCAACAGCAACAGCAACAACAACAACAACAAGAAGUCAGCAGCAGCGUAACGGUCAGCGAAUCGUCCAAUAGCGAGUAUUUUUCCAAAAGGCGAGUUUACGUUGCACGUAAGCGCGUGUGUUUUCCAUCACUAUAUAUAUAUAUAGUAUAAUAUACAUUUUUAAUUCGGUAACGCGCGAUAUAAAUGCCGUCGUAUUUUAAUAUACUCGAACAAUAUUAAUUCUAAUAUCGAUAACGCCAUCCGCAGAGUAUAGAUAGUAUAGCCGAUCUAACUUGCGGGAGAGGACGCAUAGGGGAAGCAUAGGAAUAAAAAAAAAUUUUCCCCGAGUCGUCGGUAUAAUUUUACAGGGUUUUUGGACCGCGGCGAGUUUGGCAAUCGUUUGAAAACGGACCCCCGACGAAAAAUAAUAAUUCUUCGGAAAGCCACCGCUCUGGGGAUUGAAUAUUUACCGAAUCGUGUAUUUUUGACAUUGGCGCGUAUUAUAACAUUACAUGUUGUUAGUUGUUUGUAUAAAUUUAAUUUGAAUUUAUGUGUUACGUUUUUCACGGAAUCUAAGGGUCGUUAUUUCGUAUACUUAAUUGUUUAAUGACUAUAUGUAUUAUGUACACUAAGAUUAGUUCUAAAAUUUCAUUUUGAAUUUUAUUUAGUAUUUAUUGACUCUAAAAACUACCUACCCAAAAGUAAAAGUUUUUAACCAAAACAUACGAGUAGGUAAACAAAGUUGAAACAUGAUAUCAUACAAUAAAUAAUUGAAAAAUACAUCAAAUAGUAUUAAUUAUUUUUGAUAUUUCUUUGGUCCCAGGGAAACAGGAUAUAAGUCAAUUGUUGGUUUUUUUUAUUUAUCUUAACUACAUAAGUAUAUACGUGUAACAAUGCAUUUUAAAAUGCUUGUAUGCAGUGUAUGUGAGUGUGUUAUUAUAUAAAAAAUUGUAUGUAUUUUCAAAAUUAAAUUCGCUUGUAUUGAAAACUAUACAAAAUUGACUUAAACUUCCCUUAAUCUUCCCUGGAACGAAAGAUUUACGAAUACAAAAAUAAAAUGAUUAUAAUUAAUAUUAUAUUGUUAAAACAGGACAAUACUAUUAUUACCAGCGAGAGAAAGGUAUUGUAUUUAAACUUGAUUAAUAAUAUUGCCAAUAGGUAGUAAAAAAAAAAGCUGAUACUGCUGAUGGGUGUGCCACUGUUGUUAGUGAGAAGUUGGGAAAAUAGGAUACAUAAAAUUAUUUAAUUUAUAUCUGUAAAUAACGACAAUGGUAUUUAUUAUACGAAAGGUCAUAAUAUUUUAUUUUGAUCUUAAACAUAAGUUUUUAUAAUGAACCCCCCAUUAAAUGUUCAGACAUGUUUGUUGGGUCAAAUAGUUAUACAACGUAAUACCUGUCAAAUAAAAAUUACGCAAAAAGAAAAUGUUUAUAAAUAGUUCAAAAAAUCGCCAAAUAUUUUGAAAAUUUUACCGUGAAAAUAUUUACGCCAAUUUUCAUUUUUCGUCUUUCGGUUUUCCCAAUUAUUAUGAAACUGCUUGAAAAAAAAAACUUAAAAUUAAUUUUUUUCUUAGAAACUAAAUCCAAACUUCAACAAAAAAGUUCUCUUGGUAUUUUUCCAUUAUUACAAAUUUGUGUGUUCGAAAAGUAGUUUAAAAAACACAUUAUAUAGUAAAAUCAAUAGUUAUUAUUUUUAGGUAUACUCGAUAAGGUACUUAUAAAAUCACAUAAUAUACUAAUAUUAUAAGUUUUUAGUUAAAUAUUUUGUUAUUAAAAAAAAUUAUCGCAUGACGUAUAUAAUGACUGAUAACCAUAUUUUGAGAUCUUUAAAAGUAUAUUUAUGACAUGACGCUUGGAUAGCUGAACAUGAUUUAUUAUUAAAUAUAUUCAAUAUCUAUAUAUAAUUGAUUAAUAUUAUAAGCUAUUGCAUUAUUAUUAUUGCCAUGUCCUCUCUAGAUAUUUUGCAGAAAUCAGCUUUGUCAAUGUCUUUUCAUAACAUUUUUAUCGAGCAUUUUGCUAGAAAUAGUGAGCAAUUCCGGCAGGUUGUCCAUAGUGUGUUCAACACCACAUUCACAUAAUUAGUAUCGCAUAUUAUUAUCUACUCCAACCAGGGCCAUAAGAAGGAAGGGAGAACAAUGCUUGCGUCCCAGGCGCAAUGCCUGAGAGGACGCAAAAUACCCUAAAAACCUAUAAAUAAUACGUUAAGAAGAAUUACGUUAAAAGAAAUAUAUAAACAUCAAAUUUGAACCUUAGGAAAUCCAAUAGUGAGAUAUGAGAUAGUUAAAACAUUAAUUUGAUUGAAGUUUAAACGUUCAGCUUUGAUUUUCAAAUUAUAAAUUAAAGUUCAUAAAGAAACAUUUUAAGGCUUCGCACGGGUUUGGUUGCUAAGUUUCUUGGUCUUCAAUAGGUACCUUUUUUUUUUUUUCAUUUUUCCGCAGCCUUGCUAUAUUUGUGAGUUAUCUGUUAAUUCUAUAGCAUAAUAUCGAUAAAUAUUUUAUUUUUUUGAAACCACGCGUGUGGAUUUACCGGCAAAUGUAAUAUUUGUAUUUAUUUUGUUUUAUAUUGUAUUCAUAAGUAAUGGGUACCGCUAUGUAUUUCUCGCGUGUAUUUAAAUAUUCGGAACUUGAAAGGGUUCAAGGGUAACUAUAUAAUAGCAGAAGUAAUCAAAUGAAUUCGGAAUUCGUCAAUAAUUCAAUAUCCUUGAACAUUUUCCGCAAAUUAAAACGCACGAUAUUUUAUAUUCUAAAACAUGUAUUAUUAUCAAUAAUAUUUGUAGUUUGUUUUUUCCUCAAGAGACCUACGUAUGACUACUUUUUUUUUAUAAAUAUAUAUAUAUAAUAUAUAUUACGGAUUAACUAUGCUCAAAAAAACAGAAAAAACUCUUAAGCCUCGCAUACUUAGUAGAGUAUUCGAAUUUUUAAAAUUAUACAUUUCUAAAGUUUACAAAUGUUUAUGUUUCAACUCGCUUUUUUGUGAUUUUGUAAAUCCGGACUAGUCGCAGUGGCGCCGCCGAACUUUAUGUUAAGGUCGGGCCUUGGCCCGACAUUUUUAAAAAUUAACCAAAGGGCCGCUUUAUUUUCGUACAAUGUUUGGUCGCCCCAAACCCAAUGAAUACAUCAUUACAGAAAUAAAAACUUACAUUAACCAUAAUUUCGGGCAUAAAAUAUAGGCUGUGUUUAGUUAUUGCAGGGGCCUCUCGGAACGAAUUUCGCCCGGCUACAUAUUUAGGACUUGGCGCCAAUGGUCUGGUCGCCGGUCUAAAAAUAAUAUACGGACAGCGUUGGCGGCCGUAAAAGUAAUUAUAAUCGCCUAAUCGUAACGAAAACAAUAUCAAUAUUGUUCGUUGUGAAUAAAUUAUUUUCGAUAAUAUCACGGCUAAAUACGAUUCCGGCGGCGACCGUACGCGCGCGCGCUCACCGUGUGCGGCGACCGGCUUUACCGCUUUACAUUUGCGUACUACGGCACUCGCGAGCGUGCCACGCACGCUGUCGCCAAAAGCGUUUGGAUACCUCUACGCAACUUUGUACGGGCGCGCGGGUGGUACGUUAUGGGUUUUCAAUAACGAGAAAAAAAAAUUUAAAAAAACCGUUCGCGGCGUCGUCGUCGGUCGUUUCCCGUAUUUUCCGUGUACCCAUAGCGAGGAAUUAAUGCGAAACAAUAACAAAACAACACGGGAAAAAAAAAAAAAAAAAAAAACUAUACACAAAUAAUACCUAUUAUAAUUUAUUAUUAUCGUAUUAUAAAAAUACAUAGUUACAAAUUAAUACAAUAUUCACAACAAUUAUAAUCGAUGAAGAUACGAGUAAUACGAGUAGGCUACUGCGACGGCUACGUGCCAAAACCUAUCUCGUAACUCAAUUUUUACAAUUCGUUCAGGAGAUAAAAAAAAAAGAAGUUUGUUUAGUUCGAUAUUAUUAAAUAUCAGAAUGUUACUUAUAAAUAAUUUAAAAUAUAUAUAUAUAUUGUGGUUAAUGUUGUGAAAUCGGUUAAUGUCGUUAUAAUUAUACUUUAACCUAUUUUGUGCUGGCCGUUUUAAUAUUGGAGUGUAUCAGCCUAUUGACUAACUUAAGGGUAAGCAUAUUGUUUGUGUUUGUACCAAGGUUUUUUCACAAUAUUUUAAUUUCUAAUCCAGAUUCGACAAUUUUUAAAUUGUAAUAUUUCAUAUAUUUUUAACUCGCUUGGAAAUUGAAACACCAAGAAAAAACCAACGUACAAAUACUGACAAUAUUCUUACCUUUAAUUUGAUAAUAGACUCAUAUACUGUAGUAUUAAAACUAGUAGCACAAAAUCGUUUACUAUUUUAUAUACAAAAAGUAUAAAUAUAACAACAUUAACUGUAACAUAUACACAUCAUUAUUUUUACAGUGCGUAUAUAUAAACAACCAAAAUCAUGGAAAAAAACAAAAUUUAAAACAUUUUACGUUGUGAAGUUUUGACACGGAACUGUCACUAUAAUCAAAAAUUACAUUUUUUCAGAAAACUAGAAAAAAAUUUCCUUAUACAAUAGAAAAUCCAAAAUUCGAUUUUCUAAUGUAUAUUAGGCUAAGAAAUUAAAUAUAAUAUUUUAGUCAUUAUCUAUGUUAUUUUUUUUUGUGGUUUAAGUUUGAAACAUAUGAUUUUUAAAUAAGGUACAGUACAUCUGAGUUUUGAUAUUAGUUGAAAUGGAUUAUGUGUUAAAUUUAAAUCGAGUCUUGUGCAUUUUGAAACGAAUCAUUGAAAAACUGAUUACAGAAUGGGAUUCGCAUUCAAAAAUUGCCAACUAAUUUUCUCAUUUAAUAGAACAUAUUAGUUUUGUUCUAGCUCUUCUAUAAACAGCCAAUGUUAAGUUCAGGUAUAUUUUAAAUAGAGCCCUCUCUCCCCCGAAAAUGUUGCUUUUUAAUAAAAUAUGGAGGUUAAAUAAUACUUUGAAGGACAAUUUUUCAAUAAUAUGAUUUACAAUCAAUUAUUUAUCAGUAAAAUUUAAACAAAUGACAUAAAUUUAAAAUUAUUGUGUAAUAUCAUCAUAUUUUGAAUACAAUAAUAUCAAAUACCUCAAUUAUAAAUUACUGCUAACAAAGUAUGAAUCUUAUGGAUCUUACUUAUUUUAACUCAACUACUAUGUAGUAGGGCAAAUAAUAGUGAAAAUAUGAAUAUAGAAUCUAAAAGUAAAUCAUUUUCAAUCAAACGUGGUUAUAUCGAAUCAGGGGCGUAUUUAUGGGGGAAGAAGACUGCAUGUUUUCAUCACUAAAAAUAUCUUCAAAAUAGUGGUUUUAAAUAAAAGCACUAUAGGUUCUAUAGUCUUAGAAUAUUAAAAAAAAAUCUGUACAACGGUAUCUCUAUACAACUGUCCAAACUGAGUUCGAAUAUAAACAAUUGGUGUCAUCUCGAUAUUUGAUAAUAGGCCGUGAUAAACCUAACAGAUAUGUUGACUGACGAAGAAAGUUUUAUAAUAUUGUCCUUCAUUUAUAAUUGUAUAAUUUUUAGACUUUCGAUUAACAAAUAAAUAGAUGGUACCUACAUAUUAUCGUAGCGUUUUAUAUUAUUUUAUUUUAAAGCUGAUAGUCGCGAAAAUCGAAAAAUUGACCACGGAUAGUAAUUUUUAAUCCUUUAUCUGUGGGGGCGUAUGAACAAAAAGUAAGUAGGUACUUAUAUAAAACGUUUUUCGAUAUUUCGACAUUUUUUUUCCCCAAGACCCAAUAAUUACCAGGAUCCACUUAAUUAAUGUCAUUCAAGACUACAAUAAGAUGAAAAGCUAUAAACUGAGACAAAUUACUAAAUUGAUCGUCCUCCUACCCCCUUGAAUAAAAUGACGCGAUCACUAAAAAUAGAAUUAAAAUCGUGAUUAAACAAGUGAUACGGGGACAUAAUAUAAUAAUUAUAUAGCUACAUUUCUCGAAAUACCAACUAUGAGUAAGACCAUCGAUUUUAUAAUAAUAUAUAUAAUCUGGUAGGCUACAUAAAUAUAACCUUUACAUAAGGCAGCAACUACCAGGGUUCUGAUGGAACAUUUUGGUUAGGUUCUUUUUUUCCCUUAUUGAAUUCAAAACAUUUUUAGGUAUCUGUAGUUUAUUAUCGUGAUUAAAAUCACGCCGAUGUAAAUAUUUAUAUACUAAAUGUAUUCAAUAUUAUUUCUGAAUUUGAAUAAAUAAAAUAAAACUGUAGUAUAUAAUUAUUAUAAUAUAAUUGUGCUUGGUUGUUGGUUGAAAUUUUAAAUCAUAAACCUAUAAUGGAUGUAACUAGGACGUAUCUUUGGGGGAUGAGUGGAAGGCGAUAUCAGUAAUUAUUAAAAAUAUCAAGGAAAAAUCGUAACUAAUAAAUACCAACUACUCAUAUAUCACAUGAUACACAAUUUGAUUAACAUAUAGCGAACAAAUGUUGAUAAUUUGGCAUGUUUCACACUUGAUAUAUUUGCAUUUUAAAUUGGGAAUAAAAAUGAGUUAUUGCAAAAAUAUAAAAAAAAGGUCUGUAUUCCAAAUAUUUUUUUUUGGGGGGGGGAGGUGAUAUGACACCCGCAUCAUCCUCCUUGAGUCUAAUAAUGACUGAUAACGCUAAAAGUGAUACUGAUGUUUUCAUUUUUUUUUUCUUUCAAAAAUUAGCUAAUUCUGGGCAUGUACAUUUGUAUCGUGUACCCUACAAUUUUGAAGGUAGUGGGAAUUAAUGUUGGACACAAUUCGGUAUAUUAUACAUAAUUUAUUUAGUAUUGAUCUAAGGAUUACAUUAACUUACGGUGUUUUAUCUAUAAUAGGUUUGAAAUGUUACAAAAUUCUGCAAUGUAUUGUAUUUGUGUUUUGACAAAAAUAUAUUAAAUAAGUAGAAUUAUUGUUGAACUGUUUAAAAUUUUAUAAGGAUUUCAAAAAAAAAGAAUAGAAAGUCCGUAUGACAAUUAAAUAGUUAAGUUCGCGAUGGAAUUCUAUCGAACAGAUUUGCAUUGGGUGGGUUUACCUAACAUACGCACGAGUAUGUUUAUCAAUGAAAUAGAAAACACGAGUACUUCGCGCGAUCGUAUACCUCGUUUUUGAAAAAAAAAUUCCGAGAAAAAUAUUUGUAGCUGUGAAUGACAGAAAACAAUGAGUGGAGGAUUAAAAAAACAAGAAACUUAAAUCGCUCUAACAGGCAACAAUUAUUGUAGAGGCCAUCAGAAAGUAAGACACUACAAUGAGCAGGACAUACCCGGGAGUAGCUGAAACCGAUUACUGCGUGUAGUGCUGGAAAAGAACUUGACGGAGGAAAUUCCCAUUUAAGAAAGUGAGAAGAUUUUACGGUUACGCUAAGGAAUCCGUAAAAACAAAUAAAAGAUAGUAUUCGGCGACGAAAGUCUACGGUUUAUUGGUUUAAUACGAACAAAUACAGUUAUACAUUUAUAAAAUACUCAUGCUAAUUACAAUGUAUUGAUAUUCACGAAAAUGCUUGCCCUACGUAUUUGACACUAUUCUCUCACGUACGUCACGUCCGUGUUCGAAGCCCGCCGCUUGGGUGAAAGGCUGCAUCAGAAAAUCCCGCCAACCGACGUGGUUUACAAUAAUUGCGCUGUUCAAAGUUUAUAUUACAACCAUUUGCUUAAUACUAAUACAAUAUAAUAUAUUAUGUAAUAUUAUAACUAAACGUUCUUAACAAUAUUAUAUAGUCGAGAAUGAUGUGUAUGAACAAAGAGAAGAGGAUCAUAUCGAGAUGAACGGAAGGCUGAAUGUAUGCCGUUUGUAGAGGCCGGUUUUUACCCCUAAGAAGAAUACCAAUAAGCCAUUCGAUGUAAACUUAAAAAAAGCAAAACAACAUUAUAUAGAAUGAUCAAUCUAGCGUAGGACUCUCAUUAUAUCGAAAUAUAUUAAUUUUUUUAGGAAUUUGCUUUAUAGAACAUUUAAGAAAUAAUAAGUAGCUGUAAAAUUGUGUAUUUAUGUUUUUUUUUUUUUUUAUCACCUUUAUUUUUGGGGAUAAAACAAUUAAGUAUCUAAUUUUGAUUUUCAAAUUGCAACCUAUAUUAAAAAUUCCUCAAAUAGAUAGAGCAUUAGUUAAAAUACAUUUUGGUGUUGAGAUUUUUAAUUUCGGUCAAUCCAUUGACAAGAUAGUUCACUUUUAAAUUUGGUUCGGGGGAGAGUAAAAGUGCAUAGUUAAAACGUCGUGCCGCACACAAAAGAUGCUCCAUUACUCUCCUCCGAUCCAACAUUAAAAGUGGAAUAUCUCAUUAGCGGGUUGACGUAAAUCAAAAAUGUCAACACUAAAAUUUAUUUUAACUAUUACUUCGUCUAUUUAUGGAAUUUGUAACAUAGGUACAAUUUGAAAAUCAAUAGUUGGUAUAGGGGAUUUACCCUCAAAAUCAAGGCAGACAAUAAACAACAUAAAUUUUAGAGCUGCUUGUUUCUUAAGUGUUCUAUAAAACAAAUUCCGAAAAAAUUUAUACUUUCCGUGAUAAGGAGUUUCUCACGCUAGAUUGAUCACCCUGUAUAAUUUGAACAAUUUUAAUUGCGUUACAGGCUCGAUAAAUAUAUUUAGGUACGUGUUUUUUUUAACUUACCUUUAUCUGAUACGGGACCUGGGGUCUGGGACUCCCAAAACUCCUUACCCAACCCAGGUAAUAUAUAUGUAUCAAAAUAAUUCGUUUAAUUGUCAUUUUUCAGUAUAAUUUACUAAUCCUUAUUUUGUGUAGGUAUUGUACAUAUUUUUUUGAAACAAUAAUAUUUGUGUACAAUAAACAGUAUACAGUUGUCAAUAUUAUCGUAUUUAUAUAGUGCCUACCAUUUUAGUACCUAUUGUUUAGGAGUAUUGAAAUUCCCGCGGUUUAUUUGUACGGGUAGUCGUAAAAAUAUUACGCUGCCUCGGGAUUUAAUGAAGUCAUUCACAUAAAUAGGUAUAGGUAUGGUACCUAUAUACAAUAAUAAUAAUAAAAAAAAGUAUUCAAACCAUUAGGCCGACUUUAUCAGCAAUAGGUACUGCAUAAUAUUAUUAUUAUUACCCGUGGUUAUUAGUCUAUUAAUUAUUUUUACACGUUAUACCGUUUAUCAUUAUUUGAUUUAAAAUAAAAACUUGUUGAAGUUGCACCGUAUCUGCCUCUCGUAGUAAAGGUCGGGAAGUCUGAGACCCCAGAGGUCCUUGUACCGUGAUAAAGUUAAAAUGUGGAGACCGUGCCGGGAAAGUGGGGACGUACGUAAAUGCGUAAUUACGUCACUGAUUAGGACUGGGAAAUAGUAAAUGUAUAAGGUUGCGGAACGGGGAACGCGCGGUAGGAGGCAAUUGUGUUAUUUCGGUAGGUCCAUAUACUCGAUAGUCGAUAAUAUUAUUAUGAGGUCGUUCGUCGUUGGCUGCUGUCGGUCAGUAUUUCGCCGUCGCGCCUGUUCGUCUACCGUUGUUAUCACUGUUCUCAACACACACACACACACGUGGCCGCACGUUCUACGACGCUUCAACAACAACUCGCCCGUAACCAACGACCGCCCUUAGAAACUAGAAGUGUAUAGAACGGGUUAUAUUAUCAUUAUUAUUAUUGUUAUUACUAGUACUUCCGUACGAUCUCGCCCUAAUCCACCGUUACGUAAUGUCUGUCUGUCCGUCGUCGUUAUUGACACACGCCUAGUGAACUCCACAGUCCGCUUACAGUGGACGUCAGAUAUUUUGGUUGGCUUCCGCCCCCCAACCCCCCCCCCCCCGUUUAGUGUUCGGUUUCACGUGUGUAUCAUCGGUUUGUCCGUCUUUGGAAAUUAUUUCAUCUGUUGUGUAAUGUCUUCGGUCCCGUUUAACCGCAGCUCGUUUAUCGCGCGGUAAAUAAUGUACCCUUAAAUAUAUCGUUCUCAAUUUAAAUAAAAACUUCUCGUCCUGACGACCGGUUUUUACGUCGGUUCGCGAUUAAAAUAGGUACCUAUGGUAAGCCUCUGCACCAGCAAUCGGUCAACAUGCGAUACUGUUUGAGCGAUAUGCUCGUCAAGACGAUACCCGGCUUGAGGCCUAAUGAGAAAAAGUGAGUUUUCAACAGUUUUGAAUAGUUAUUGACAAAUAAAGUCGAAAUUCAUUAACGAAUAUUCUCGAGUAAUUAAUUAUAAUAGGUAUCGUGUUAUUAUUACGUAUUAUAUUGCACUUUUUGCUCCACGCCAUGUUAAGAACUGUCGUUUAUAAUGACAAUUGUCUGACCUAUAAUCACUUCUCAGUUCGUUACACACUAAAUUAAUGAGAAGGUUAUUAAGACUGGUUAAUUGUUUUUUCAAAUAUUAUUGAAUUGGGUUAGGGAAAUGUUAUUUUUCGAGUAUUAUUUACUGUAGUUAUAGAUAACGAAGGUAGACUGGAAUUUGUACAUUUUUUUUUGUUCAUUAUACAGGUUAACUGAAAAAAAAUUAGUUGAAGUACCUAUAGAUUUUAGGCUUUUGAACCAAACAAAUUUCAAAUUAUUAAAAAACAUCGAGUACUCAUCCAGAUAAAAUGUAUACGUGAUCAAAUUCUGCAUUUUUUAAAUUGUUCAACCCUUUUUAACGAAAUUUAGGCGAUUUUAUCUACUAGAAAAUGUAUACAAAUAAUGAAAUGCAUCUUGCACCACUAACAUUUUUUUCAAUUAUUAACCAAAACAAUUAAUACAUGAUCAAAUUUUUCAUUUUCCGACUGCUUUUCUUAAACUCAUAAUACUUUCAUAGUUUUAAAUCCUGCAACAGCGUACCUGUAAUAGGUACCUAUCUAAGAAUAACUAUUGUUUAAGGGGUCAAAAUAGAAAUUCUAAUUUUUGAACUAUGUUUAAAGUGCUUUACAAAUGGGAAAUAUUCAAAAAAAUUCCAAUACCCUAAAGACAGAAUUCAACCAGGGCACAUUUAGUUGAAUUUAUUACAUUUCUAUCCUAAUAUUUUGUUUCAUUAAUGCCAUCAGACAAAUGGUUUCUGUAUCUACCAUAAAUAAAAUACUAUUUUUAUUUUUCAUAAAAAUAAUCUAGUUUCAGAUUAUAAUAAACACAUAAAACUUUAUAUAGGUAGGUACAUAAAUAUAAGUAGUUAGGUAGACAUUUUUGAUGUUUAUGUUGUAAAAUUAUGUUACCCUUAAUAGUUAGACAUGUGGAUAAUAUUAUUAUUUUUCUUUUUUAUAAUUUAAAUAAGUUAAUUAAUAAUAUUGUAUUUAUAGUUAUUUAUAAAAAAAAAAAAGUAAUUUAUAUUUUUCGAAAAAUACAUGAAAUACUUAAUAAUUGAUAACAAAUAUUUUACUGAUAGUAAAAUUCUAUAUUUUAGUUAAUUAUUUUACCUCCUUUACAGUUUUAAUGUUUGACUUGGUAAAAAAAUACUAACAUAACAAUUAAUUAAUAAAUUUGGUAUAAUAAUUAAAAUUAUAAUGUUUUAUUUUUUAGUAUGUUAUGCAUUCAAGAAGAACUCGGGAACUUAAGUGUAAAAGACAAAGAACCGGUUAAAGACAAUGCUGUUUUGAACAAUAAAUUGGAAUCUGAUGUAUUAAAACAAAGUGGCUGGUUCGAUGGAUUGCUGGGAUGCCUAAAACCUAUGUUAGGAGGAAUUAUGGGAAAAGGAAACAGUCAUGAUUUAAAGUCUUAUCAAGGUAAUAAACAAUUAUCAUAGUUCAAAUAAUAAUAUAAAUUAUAAGAAGUUAAAAAUAUUUGAAUUCAUUAAAUUAAGUGUUGUUAUACUCUUCGGAAGAUGAUAAUAAUAUAUACUAUUUACUUUUUAUUCAAUUACAGAAAUAUUACCUAUAAUUUUUAAUUCAUUUAAAAAUUAUUAAGUUCAAUCUAAAUAUUUAGAAUAUAUUAUAUUUAUUGCAUAUAGAGUAUUAAUUAUUAAAUUAUUUUUUAUUUUAUAAAAGUCUUAUCAUUUUUACCUAUUUAUGAUCUACCUUAAUAUACUUAUCUGACAAAUUUAUAAAAAUAUAUGAAUAGCUAAUUAGGUAUUUAUUAAUCAAAAUUUAAAAAAAAAAAAAAUGUAUUCUGUAACUAUUAACAUUUACUCUAAGAAUUAUUUUUGAUUUUCAAUUUUUCUUGUCUUUAUUAGUAUAAUAUAAUAAAUAAUUAAUCCUUCUUUUAUUUAUAUAGAUAAUUGGGACAUUCCAUUUGAGUCAAUUAGUGAUUUACAAUGGUUAGGUUCAGGAGCUCAAGGUGCUGUAUUCAGUGGCAAAUUAAAAAACGAAAUAGUUGCAGUGAAGAAGGUGCGUGAACAAAAAGAAACUGACAUAAGACAUUUAAGAAAACUUAAUCAUCCAAACAUAGUACAAUUUAGGUGAAAAUUUUAAUGAAAUGUUAAAUUUUAUCAGAUUUUUCUUAAUUUAUUAAAUUUUUUUUUUUCAGAGGUGUAUGCACUCAAGCUCCAUGUUAUUGCAUAGUCAUGGAAUAUUGUCCAUAUGGACCUCUCUAUAAUUUACUUAGAGAUGGUGAAGAAAUACCGCCUAUAAGAUUGGUAUCUUGGGCCAAACAAAUUGCAUCUGGGAUGCAUUAUUUACAUGUGAACAAAAUAAUUCAUAGAGAUCUUAAAAGUCCUAAGUAUGUAGAAAACAUAACUUUAUAGAUAUUUAUUUAUUUAUUUAAAAAAAACCCCUUUAUUUUUUUACUAAUUUGUCAUGUCUUUCAAAAGUGUCUUAAUUGGGCGCCAAGAAAUGGUGAAAAUUAGUGAUUUUGGUACAAGCCGUGAGUGGAAUGAAAUAAGCACCAAGAUGAGUUUUGCUGGUACUGUAGCCUGGAUGGCUCCAGAAAUUAUCAGAAAUGAACCUUGUUCCGAAAAAGUAGAUAUUUGGUAACUAACUGAUUUUAAAAUAAUAUUAUUAUUUGUUUUUUUUUUUUUUUUUAAUAAAUUGUACAACAAUAUGUUUGCAUAUAAAAUGUUUACAUUAUAGGUCAUAUGGUGUAGUUUUAUGGGAACUUAUGACAUGUGAAACUCCAUACAAAGAUGUUGACUCUUCAGCUAUUAUAUGGGGUGUAGGCAGUAAUUCUUUACAUUUACCGAUUCCUUCAUCAUGUCCAGAUGGUUUUCGAUUGUUAAUCAAACAAUGCUGGGCAGCGAAACCACGUAAUAGACCGUCUUUUAAACAUAUAAUGAUGCAUUUAGAUAUUGCCAGUUCUCAAGUCCUCGCGAGUACACCAGAUGAAUAUUUUAAAACACAGGUGCAAAGAAAAUUUUAAAUUGUUCAAUAUAAAAUUAUUAAGGAAAAAUAUAUGAUAAUAAUAGUUAAAUUUUAGGCACAAUGGAAAAAAGAAAUUCAAAUACACAUGUUACAAAUGCAAACGAAUGGAAGUCAUAUUCCAAAAUUUGAAGAAGAUUUAAUUAAAAAAAGAAAAAAUGAAUUGAAACAUGCACAAGAUAUUAGAGAACAUUAUGAAAGAAAAUUAGAGCGGGCUAAUAAUCUCUAUAUGGAAUUGAGUGCUGUGUUAUUACAACUAGAACAGCGAGAAAAAGAUUUGAUUAGGUUAGUACAUUUUAAUAAUAAUAUAUUUGUAGAUAAUUUUAUUAAUUAUUAUUCUAUUAGAAGAGAAAAACAAAUGUCUAAAGUCUAUAAAAAACGACUUAUUAGACCUUUGUUAAAAGCUCAAGACAAAUUGAACAAACAAGAUAAAUCUGAUUCUACAACUACUUCACCAUCAUCGCCAGAAAGACUUAGUCAAAAAUAUGACUCAGUAAGCAUUUUUAUUUUUUUUUUUUAAAUAAUAAUAUUUUUCAAUGUUAAUUAAAUGAAUUCAAAGUAUACCUAAUUAGUUUGGUCUUAAAUUUAUCCAACAGCAUUUAACCAAAGCUACACUUUAUGCUCAAGUAAGUAGUAAUUCAAAUAAACCAGAAUCAAUUGCUGUUGUACCAAAACAAACUCAAAGAAAACCUCGCCCUAGGAAAGCUCAAAUUAUAUGCUCAAUUGUCAAAAAUAAAAAGGUUUAGAUUAUAUAUUUUAUCAAGUUAUUUAAAUACUUAGUGUAUGUAUUUUGUUAACAGAGUGAUACUGUAAAAGAAGCCAACUGGAAGAACUGUUAUGAAACACACAAAGUACACAGUGAAACACAAACUGAAACCAUUGAUUCUGGACUUCACCAAGACAUGCUCAAUGGUAACAUGUCUGAUUCCACUCAUUCCCAAGUAAAUUUAAAAAAAAAUCUUGAGAAAUUUUCGUUUUAUACAUAAUAUAAAACAUUUUUAGGGUGAAGAUAGUUCUGGCAGUAGUGGAGUAAGACUGAGCGAUGAUGAACAUUUAGAUAGACUGGGUAGACAAGUAAAUGAAAUACUGAACAAUAAUAGACCGGCAAAUAUGAAUGACGUGUCAGAUUUUUAUCAAGAAACCGAACUUAAUAAUUCUAAUAAUUUUAAUCUCAAAAGAAAAAGGUAAAAAAAAAAAUAUUUGAUUGUGCAAAAGUUAAACAUUAAUGUGUGUACAUAUUUAUUAUUUUGUUUUUUUUUAGUUUUAGUCGGCGACCAAUUGGUCCUGGUUUACGAGUUCGUCGCUACAGAAUGACACAAUAUUGCCAAGAACCAAAUGGGAAUUCGUUUUCAUUAAGCUCAUCUACAGAAGUAAGUGACUACCUAUAUGAUACCAUAGUGACCAUUUCAAUUGUAUAUUAAAGGGCAUAACACCAGAUAACUCCAUUUUUCAAUAAAAUAUUAGUUUUUAUUUAAAAUAAAUAAAUAAAAUAUAUUAAUAUUAUAUACUUGAUAUUUCCCGUUAUUUCAAUUGAAAUUAUUGCUAAAAUAGAUUUGUUUGUUUGAUUGUGGAAGCUUCAAAAACAUUAUUCUAUUAUGUGUAUAUAUCUAGUAUAUUAUCUAAUAAGUGCAUUUUUAUUUUUUUCAGAAACAUGAUUUUUUAGAGGCAGAAAGUUCAACAUCGGACUCAGACAUGAAAGAUAUUGAUUUAAAAUCUGGUUUUUAUAAAGUGCCUAAUCAAUUUCCAGUGUAAUACAAUGUAUGAAAUCUUAUAAUUGUGCUAAAGCUACAAUUUAAAUAAAUUAUUUUAUUAUCCUUUAAUAAUAUCAGCGUGCAAACAUUUAUAUUUUUUUUUUUCAUAAACAUCUCAGAUUUAAUUAAUAUGUUAUUACCAUCCAAAACUACACCCACUAUUUUUUUUUAUAUAUGUUUAACUUACCUAGCAUUCCAUAAUAUUGUGUUUUACUAUUGUUAAUAUUUUCUAUUAUUGUAACUUUUUUUUUUAUCUAAUGUUUCCUAUGAAAUAUUAAGUAUAUAUUAUUCAAAAUUAUGUUAAUAAUUAGUGUUUUGGAUGUUUUUAAAGUGACAAAUAUUAUCUGUGAUUAAUGAUCAGGGACAAACUACUCAUCAACAGCUUGAAAUAUUAUUCCAUACAAUUUUUUUUUUUUUUUUAAAUUUGACUUAUAAUAAUAAUUCAAACUUAACAACAUUUUUUUCCCAUAAGUCAUAUUUUCUCCAUUUAACGAAAAGUGGAUGCAACAAGCAUAAUAUAGCACAGCUGGUUAUAUAAAUAAUCAAAUAAAUUGACGUAGUCAUGUUUAAUGUUGUACUGAUUAUGAAUAGUUGCUUAACAAUUUCAUGAGCAAUAAUUAUUGAUCUCUUUUGCCAUUUAUAAUAUUAUUGUGAUGUAAACUUAUUUGUAAGCAUACAUGUUGUGUAUUGUAGACUGGCCUUACAUUAAGGCAAAUUAUUAUUUAGGAAAUUAUUAUUAUAAUAUGUAAUUGAUAUUUUUAGGCUUUGUCUCAUUAUUUUGUACGCUGUAUAGAAAAGAGAAAUAAUUUUUGAAAAUACAAAA